UAACCUUCUUAAGUGUAUAUGUUUUGUAGUAUUGGUUGGUUAUUCUCAGGUAGAAGACGUUAAUUAAUGGUUAUAAAACAUAGCACUUUAGAUGCAGUUCCGUUAAAAGCUUCGCAGUAUUCGUUAACACGUCAAGUCUUAAAUCAUAUAAAAAUAUACAUGCAGUUGUUGCUUAAACUACUUCAAGAUGGAUCUUCAGAUAACAUCAUUGUUUUUAUUGGCAUAUUUCUUAACAUCAUCCGAGGCACUAUUUAAAGCACUCAAAACACAAGAUGUUGAAUAUGAUAGAGAUGAUGUUGGUGAACCAUUGAUACUAACACCACUACUAGAGCAAGAACAAAUUAGAGAAGCUAGAAGAGCUGCUAUAGUGAAUUUAACUGGAGACGCUAAGGAUGUAAGGAGCUAUGCCGGAUACUUUACCGUGAACAAAAGAUACAACUCCAACCAGUUUUUUUGGUUCUUUCCAUCGAAAAGCAACCCAGCUAAAGACCCUGUAUUGGUUUGGCUACAAGGAGGCCCAGGUGUUUCGUCAAUGUACGGGGUUCUCGUAGAAACUGGACCAUUUUUCAUAAACAAAAAGCAAGAGCUUGAAUUGAGGAAAUACUCCUGGGUCAACAACCAUUCAGUGAUCUAUAUAGACAACCCUGUAGGCACUGGCUUCAGCUUCACCAAGAAUGAAGAUGGUUAUGCUCGAAACGAAACUCAGAUUGGAAACGAGCUGUAUGAGGCACUCCGGCAAUUCUUCAAACUCUUUUCAGAACACAGAAAAAAUGAGUUUUACAUUCAUGGAGAAUCAUAUGCAGCAAAGUACGCACUAGCACUGGCUCAUACUAUCCACACGAAUAACCCUCACGCCCAGGAGAAAAUUAAUUUGAAAGGAGUUGCUAUCGGUGACGGAUAUAUAGAUCCUGAACAUCAGACUGGCUAUGCGGAAUACCUCUAUCAGCUUGGGCUUGUUGAUGAAAAACAUGCAGAGGAAAUAAAGAGGUACGAAAAUGCAGCUGUUGAAGCCAUACGUAAAGGAAAUUACAUCCUAUCAUCAGAUCUGAAGGUAAAAGCACUUGUUGUCAUAGAACAGCAGGCGAAUGUGAGCUUUUACAAUUAUCUUAAAGAAGGAGGAGUUCCAGGUGAAGAUCAGAUGAACAAUUUUCUCAACCAGAGUGAAGUGAGGCGAAGUCUACACGUAGGGGAAACUACGUUCGGUUCAGAAAAGGUAUUGACAUCCUCAUGCACAGGAUCCUUAUCUUGGACACCCUGUACACUCAGGUUGAGGCAUUUUUGGCAGACGAUCUGCAAAGAUCCGUGGCGCCUUGGCUCGUAGAGGUGGCUAAUAACUAUCGACUGCUUCUGUACUCCGGCCAAUUGGACAUCAUAGUGGCAUAUCCACUGACGUUGAACAUGCUGAAAAACCUGGAGUUUAAAGACGCUAAGGAGUAUCGUAAGGCUAAAAGGAAAAUCUGGUAUAUUGGAAAUCAACCUGCCGGGUAUAGCAAAAGCGCUGGCAACUUUACUGAAGUCUUGGUAAGGGACGCUGGUCAUAUUGUACCUUACGAUCAACCAAAGUGGGCGGAAGACUUGAUAAGCAGAUUUACAAGAAAUAAAUCAUUCUAGAACUGCUGAGCUAUAAUAAAUGAAGUAUAAAGUAUCAUAA